GACACCACAUGCACUUGCAGCAAUCCACCUGCCAAUUGUUGCAUAUAAGAAUUAGGCCUCGGUCGAUCGAUCGGUCUCCCUCCACCCAAGGAAAAAAUGAGACCCUAUUGGCUUCUCUUCCUCUUCCUCUUCCUCUUCCUCUUCGCCACCACUAGUACUCUCCCCACUUCCCAAUCUUCCCCACCAGUGAAAAAGCCAGACAACAACACCAUAUACAGAGUUUCCAAGCAACUCUGCUGGGGCUGCGCUGGAGAGUCUCUACAAUUCUUGUUUGCCCACAACAUGGUCAGGGCAUACAAGUGGGAGCUACCAUUGACGUGGGAUUCCCAGCUUGAAAAUUAUGCGAGAUGGUGGGCUGGCCAGAGAAAAGCCGACUGCAAGGCGCAACAUUCUUUCCCGGAAUACGGUUUCAAGCUUGGAGAGAACAUAUACUGGGGCAGUGGCUCUACAUGGACUCCGGCUGAUGCCGUGAAUGCAUGGGCUGGUGAAGAGAAGUACUAUGCCUACUCGACAAACUCCUGCCAGGCUGGUAAAAUCUGCGGCCACUACACGCAGAUUGUUUGGAAGAAUACAAGGAGGAUCGGCUGCGCUCGUGUUGUGUGUGACAGUGGAGAUGUGUUCAUGACAUGUAAUUACGACCCGGUCGGUAAUUAUGUCGGCGAGCGGCCUUAUUGAAACCAGUUUGGCUUGCCUCCGGCACGGACGUUCCAUACUCAGUAACAGGAGAUGUUAUGUCAUGUUAUUAAAUAAAGGAUGCAAGCCAAAAUUCCAUUGAAAUUGGGUUUCGGGUGCUCUGUUUAUGACAUAAAUAUAAUGAUUUGUUUACAUUAGGAUAACUGUACAAGGUUGCUAGAUUGGUGCUUAUGUUUGUGGGAUGUGUGGCCAUGGAUGGAUCAUAGUGUUUGAUACUGUAAAAAUGUAAGACAAAAGUUAUUAGAGGGGGGCUUAGCCUAUGAAUUAAGCCUGAAUAAAUAAAGGAAGCCUUCUCAUAUUAUUAGUGGGGGCUUAGCCUGUGGUUGUCUGUGUGUGUAUUUUGGGAAUGAAAUAUGCAAAGUAAGUUCUUGGA